CCAUCUGCAGCUGAGCCUAAUUAGCGGGAGCGUGGUUCCUCUGUCAAGCAGGUAUAACAGCCGAUGUAACGCGGCGGAGAAGCAGAGCUCGGAGAGAGUCCCUUUUCUGCUAUCCCAAUCAACGUGUUGUGUAAUUGCUGUUGAGCAAAAGUGUAAUGGGUGAAUCUGUUGUGUGAAUACGAAGUGGUCAUUUGAUCUUUUUGUGAGUUAAACCGUAAAACCGUGUAGGGAAACGGGGGCCUAUUCAUUUGGGUUUUACCCCUUUCUGUUUUUCUCCUGUUUUUACAUUAGUCAGGGAGAGAGGUAAGACAACUGUCUUUUAUUUGCUUUUCUUUUGGUAGGUAAUUUAUAUUGUUUAAACUCUUUAGAUCUUGUUUUGUUUAUUAUUUUGGCAUUGCCCUCUCCUGACGAUUUGGUUGUUUUCUGUUUAUCAAUCUUUGUUCAUGUUAUUUAAUUGGCUUUGCUAAGCCGGCAAUAAGACCACUUCAUUUGAGGAUAUUCCGUGUUUGGGCGCUGUUAAUUAAAAGUGCUGUGGGUGUAAACUUGAGCUGGGAUGGGAGAAAAGGAGAUUUCUCCAUGCUUGUUUUGCUGUAAUUUUUCAUUGGCUAAUUUUUUUUAGAGCCACAGCUUUACUUUUUUUUUUUGUUACUUCUUCCCUAACCCCUAGACUAAGGAGAGAACGUAACAAUAUCAAAUAUUUUUUUUUGAGAGAGAAAGAAAAUAAUACUAUCUGAAAAUGAAAGUUCUCUUAAAAAUGAGACAAGGUAGUUUCUUUCAUUAUUUCAAUGGAAAAUUUUAAUCAUUGUGUGUGUGACUAGCCACCAUUUAUAUUGUGCAGUCAUUGUUGCCUAAUUCUUAGCUUUGUUCAUAUCUCAUGGAUGAAUGACAUGAUCUAGGGUGAGGUACAUACCUGACACCAUUGACUUGUCAAGAACAGGUUUAAGGGAAAACAAGACAAGGCGCUGAAAGAAAAAACAAUAUUGAAUGAUGACAUAAUUAUGUUCUGCCGUAUUUCAAAUGAAUUUUGUCAAAGCUCUCCUCCCAGUAAAAAAUUUUAAAAGGUUGGAACCUGGUAAGACUCGUAUACACAACAGAGCAGAUAUACAAUUGCAACUGACAACAUGAGGACGAUAACUGCUAUAAUGAUCAUUCUCUUCAUAAUGACACAGGGUGGGGCUCGGGAGAUUGGCUCCUCAGUAAGCAAGAUACGCCAAAAACGAUCAUGGGUAGUGGACAUAAUAACUAUGAAACGAGGCCACCAAGGAUUCCUUGGAUUUCUGAAGUUUUACGUGAAUACUGAAGAAUGCGAAAUCUAUGGUCCUGGUAUUAAUGAUAACCCAAAGGACCUUUUUGUUAUAAACAAGUCAACCAAGGAAAUAAGUGUAACUGGGAAUGUGGACUAUGGCGACAGAAAAAAUUUCACGCUUGUAUUUGAAUGUGCUGCCCUGAAAGAUGUGUACGAACGACUUGCAGUGGACAUUCUGAUAGAGGAGGUUUAUGAGCCAUAUUUCAGUAAAGGCAUUUAUGUUAUCAGCGUAGAAGAAUCGAUGUUGCAAGGUACAAAUUUGUUAACACUGCAUGCACCCAAUCGCACAAUCCAAGAAAUUUUAACUUUUGAUGUUAAAGUUACCUCAAACCCCCAUGAUGUUAUGUUUUUUAUAAAUGAGAAGCGGGAACUUUCAUUCAGAGGAUGUCUGGACUAUGAGGAAAAUAAGAAAUACACUGUAGUGGUUGAAGCAAAGGAUCAAAAGAACGUAAACCCACAUUCCAGCACAGCUACAGUGAUAAUCAACGUUACUGACAAAAAUGACCAAAGACCUGUAAUUACAAGCAAAACAGGCACUGGACGGGUAAAAGAAGGAUCGAUUGGAACUGAAGUUUACAGAAUACAAGUACACGAUAAAGACAGUCCAGGCUCUCCAGCCUGGAGGGCCAACUUCACACUUCGUGGUGAAAAAGCAGAGAACUUUAAAAUUGAAGUAAACCCCAAAACUAAUGAUGGUAUCUUAUCUGUCAUAAAGCCACUAGACUAUGAAGAGACCCAGAAGCUGAACCUAACGGCUGAAGUGGAGAAUGACGAGCCAUUCUUUUCCUGUUCAGUUCGGAAAAUGCACUAUGAUGGAAAAGAGUGGGAAGUUGAUUAUUCGAGAAAUGGCUCCAGCGCUUCAAUGUUUUCCUUCCUCAUCAUCAUAGAUGAUGUUAAUGAACCGCCAGUGUUCACAGACAUUAUUAAAUUUAUCACUGUCAUGGAAAACACACCACCUGGACACAGUCUGUGGACAUUCACUGUAAGGGAUCAGGACCAGAAUCCACCAAACACUCACCGGUUCAUUAAGGGAAAAGAUAUAGAUAACUGGGUAACAAUAGACUCGAGGACAGGCAAAGUUUCCACAGCCAAAGUUUUGGACAGAGAAUCGCUGUUUGUUAAGAACAGCACUUACACAGUCAUCUUGCUUGCCGUUGAUGAUGGUACACCUCCGCAGACAGGUACAGGAACGCUGAUCAUCCAGCUGUUAGAUGAGAAUGAUAACGCUCCAGUCUUGAAGGACAACGAGGUGACUAUUUGUUUACCGCAAUCUAUGACCAACAUCACCGCCGUAGAUCCGGACCUUCCACCUUUCACCAAGCCCUUCAUCUACGAGAUCCUAGAGAACAAGAGAAAAUGGAGGCUUGAACCACCCCAUGGAGAAACUGUAAAUCUGGUUAAAGACAGCAGUGUGUACUCUGGGAGCUAUGAGCUCAUUCUGAAUAUAAGUGACUCUGGAGGGCUUUCCUCAAGACAAAAGCUGUCAGUAACUGUACGUAACUGCUCAGCUCAUAGCAGGUCAGAUACGAUAAGGACCAGAGUCCCUGGCAUCUUCAUCACCUUUAUAUGCCUUCUCUUGAUGCUGUGUGUCCUGCUCAUGGUGCUCAAGUGUUCAUGGUGCUCAUACACGGCAGAGAAAAAACCUUUUCCUGAAUUUGAAGAAUCAAAAUCUGUUGUGUUUCGUUAUAAUGAUGAAGGACCAGGAAGUGAUGUUGAGAUGGAAUUACAAAAGAAGUUCACACUCCCUCCAUAUAAUAAACUGGAUAUUAUUGCAAAGAAAAAAAAGAUGAAAGAACAUAACAGGCAUGACUGGAAAAUUCUUCAAAAGCAGGACUGGAACAAGACAUGCACAGUUAGUGAUGUCUCACAGUUUCAGAUGUGGAAAAUGUUGAACACUGUGAUUGAGGAGAAACUGCUCAGACUUCAUGAAGAGGAGAAGGAGCUGUGUGAUUAUAAACCACACCAAUAUGAUAAUGAGGGUGAGCCUGAGGACCUGGCUCAGUUGGACAGCAUUUCUAUGGCAGACAGUUACUUCAGUUUAGGGGAUCUCCAAAAUCUGGUCUCCAAAUUCCAAAGACUGGCAGCAAAGUGCAGGCCAGACUACAUCCAGGAGAGCACCAUGAGCCAAGCAUCAUUAUCAUCUCAGCAAUAGUGUCAUUUUAUUAUAGCCUCUGUAUCACAUUUCACACACAUCCACACACAUCCACACACAUAUACAUAUACAUACAUAUAUAUAUAUAUAUAUAUAUAUAUAUAUAUAUAUAUAUAUAUAUAUAUAUAUAUAUAUAUACACAUAUAUAUAUAUAUAUAUAUAUACAUAUAUACAUAUAAGUACAUACUCUUAUGAUGGAAAAUAUCACAGAAAUCUAAUCUAAUCAAAAACAUAAUUGAUUAAACAAUUGUUGCCAUAAAGUCAAUUGUAAUAAAGCCAAAAAGUUUAGCAAGCACAUGACAUGUCAGGCAACUAAAAUAAAAAAAAAAAAAAUUGACAAUGAAAUCAUUUAAAUGUAGUUGUUAGUUUAUUAUUAUUAUUAUUAAUAGUAGUAGUAUUUCUAAAAUUUAUUUAUUUUAAUUCACCUUUACCUUGCCAAUAAUGUAAAUAUGAUGAAAAGUACUAGCACUUACAACCUAUAGAGAACAGCACACACACACACACACACACACACACACACACACACACACACACACACAGUACACUAAGUAUAAAGAAAACCACAAUGCGACACAAUCACCUGCCAGUGCACAGGUAUCUUUAAAGAAUCCAGAAUGUGAAAAUUUACAUUUCCUAAAUUACAAAGGGAUUUCUUUCUGCAUGUAAAUUUGUUUACAUAUUCCAAAAACGAAUAACUUGUAUUAAUCUUUAGAAUCCUCAGUGCUAUCCAAGAUUUAUUGUAUAAUAAAAUUCUGACUUGUUUUUUUUUUUUUUUAAUGUUCAGCAACUUGGUCUGUUUUCACUUUGGUUAAUGGAUUCCUGCAUUACCAAUAAUGCUGUGCUGAUAGUGGUUCAGUAGGACUUCGCCCUUUGCCUCAUCUCUAACUUGUAUGUGCGUUGCAGCAGCGCUUUAGUUCUUUCAGCUCCAUUGCACUCGUCAUAUCGUAGGUCACAAAGUAGCUGAGCCAACUCUCUGCCAUAACUCAGAGUAACACUGUCAUAUAGCUGCAUUGCAUUCUGGGACUCUGAUUCCAGAGUUUGCUCCAAUUUUCCCCCUAUUUCUAGGCUGGUUUUUUCAUUAAUAUUAUAACUGAUAUUGAAUAUUACUUGAAAAUAGUGAGUGGAAAAAAAGAAGCUCUUGCUCUUUUGUUUUUAGGAGAAAACAACUGACUACACAUUUCACUAUACACAUAUUUAACAUUUUAUAUGUUUCAGGGUGGAGCUUUCCUUAAUUUUCACUUAUUUUUUCUGAAUAAAUGUUCUAAUUUCUCACUUUAAAUGUAGAGGUGCACAUUUAUGGCAAAUCUGAUAGUGGUGCUAUAGUGGUGAAGGAUUUGAUCAGCCUGACCAAAGUUUGUACAGAGCAAUUAUGUGUAUUUACUUUUUUUUUUUUGUUGCUGUUUGUGUUUAAUUUCUAUGUCACUGUAAUGCUUUGGCAAUGCUGUAACUGCUGUAAUGGUCAUGCCAAUAAAGCACAUGUAAUCAAAUCAAAUUGAA